UGAUUGGUCACAGAGCUGGUUCCCAUCACCCGCUCUUUGGUGGUUUUCCCUUGGUGGGGAGGCUGUAGCGCCUCGGCUCUCUCGCAGCGUGUACAGCCUGAGAUUUGGACUCAUGCUGUGUCACUGCUUCAGACGAGGCCAUGACUAUCAGGAGCAUCCACCACUGUGAUAUGAAGGGUGGGGAGGAGAGUAGGUCCCGUUUAAAGGAUGCAUCAUGGUGGUUUUGAACACUGCUGUUAGUUCCAUCACGUGUUUGUGUUCAAACUGGAUAUAACAGCAGCAGUGAGGGGCGUCAGCAGCCUGACAUCAGAUAUUCCUCACAGGGAGCAUUUUCUGCAUCGUGUAGUUCCAGCUAGCUGCUGGCUAAACCUGGAGCCUGAUGGAGAGGCCUCAGGUCAGAGUUGAAGCUGCUGUUGCAGACACAGAGCCUCUAACCUGGCCCAUCGCUCCCGAUGGCUACAUCCCUAACUCUGUGAUCCGCAGCUGGAAGAGGAAGGGCAAAAAACUUUGGGAUGACAGCUUCUUUCAUGGUCAGCAAACAGAUGAAUGCACCACAGAUUAUUUCUGGUUCCAGACUGAAAAGGAAAAAAAAGGCGAGCUGAAAAGGAAGAAGAGCGCAGCAGAAGAUGGGAGGACAAGGAAAGGAAGUAAUAGAACAGACUGGCAAGGACGCGAGGACACGAAGGAAGAAGAAACAGAGAAGAAGACAGAGAAGGAAGCUGGAAAACCUCAAGAAGAGCUGGAGGUGAUGAAAAAGACAAAAACUGAUGUGAAGAAAGAAAAUGGAAAAGACGAGACGGAGAAGUUUAUCCAGACUGUGAGGCCUGUGAGCGAACGGCCGAAACCCUCUGAGGACGCUAGUGUGGCGCCUCAGAAGCAAGCAGAUGAUCCCACAACUGCUCCGGACCUCCUACCAACUUCCUGUGAUGAGAAGAGAAGCAAGCCUGUGAGAGAGCUGAAGACAGAAAUGGAGCUCCGUGAAGUCAUUCCCAAAGUGAAGGACGUGAGCGAGAGGAAGGACGAGGGGCGGCCCGACCAAACAAGAAAAAGGAAAGAGAGCGAGCAGGAGAAAACAGGCCGAGCAGAGCGACCAGAGCUGCAACAUGAAACCUACUCUCCACUGGUGGCUCCAGAGGAUCCUCAACCAGAACCGUCACCAAUCAAGGAUCAAAGGUUCCUCCUUGUCUCGCACAAAUACGACAGCAUAGCUAACCAUGUGCAGGCCGGCCUCGAUAACAGAGUGCUGGCCCUCUACAAGAAGUUCCAAGUCUUCAAAAACAACUUGCCAGAUCUGGGAAAACUCUCCGUCCCCUCUGGGCACCACCCACAGUCCUCUACACUGCAGACUGAUGCUGCUGAGAGCAGGUUGAAAGGUCGACUGUAUAGCUGCCCUGUCGAUGUGCCCUCACGGUCCGUAGUCCAGGCCACUUGUCUGGGGGGACGUCUAAGCAGUGACUUGGGUGGUGAUCCAACAUUUACUAGUACAGAGUCCGCUGCUCAUAUUCAGCGCUCCACACAGCUGCUCCAAACCUCGGGACCAAGCGUGACCGAGUGGAGGAACAACCUGUACAAACUCAUCUCUCUGCAUGGCUUCCAGUCUGCACGGGCGGCACGUUUCUCACAGUUCAUCCUCAUCAUCGGCCUCCAGCAGGGAAGGCACGGGUCUGAGAGCUCGUACAGGAAGCUUCCUUCAACUUACAGCUCUGCAUCAUCGCUGAACGUCGACUAA